AAACUCGUUUAAUGACUUGGAAGCUAUGUUAGCUCGCAAGCUAAAAGCUAAAUCAUAGCACUUUCCACGCGGUUUAAAUAGCACCAUUCCCGGCGUGAUAUUAUAAUUUUUAUUUUUUAUUUUUUAAAUCGGACUGAGUCCUAUAUAUUUACUAAUUAUAAUGUAUUUGAUAAAGCCCAUGUGAUGAAGAGAACACAUUGAAGCCAGUUUGAAAUUGUCAUCCCAUCAUCGAUGUGUUUACGCAAAGCUUCAAACGUGACCUCCAGACUUUUAAAAUUCCCUCUUGGGUAGCACUUGUGGGAUUAAAUGAGCAUGUGACUGUGCAGCCGUCACAAAGCCAGCCCACUAGGCUAGCUCACAUGCUUCUUUCUUGAAGGCAUUAACAUAACCGUGUCAUCUGUCUCUCAACUCAUUUUACACAUCAGUCUUAUUUGAUAUAUUCAUCAAAUAAUGCUCACAGGAAGUCAAUUCUGUGAGUUAGUUUAUCUCAUUUUAAACAACAUUCAAACCUAAAGAUGGAUGAAGCUUUUUUCAGAGUCAUCAAUGAACUCGAUACUGAGGUGGCCGUGUACUGGGUGUCACAGUGGUGCUAUCAGUGUCUUUAUCAACAGCUUGGGGUGGUCCCUGCUAUGUCAAGUCCAGGUCAGCCAAGGUCAGAAGAGUUCAUUGUUAGCACACAGCAUGAAAUUACACUCCAAGUCAACAGCACCUCUCUCAUUCAGGAGCUCUGCACAGUUCCAUUCCACUUUGGCGAGCAGGGCAACUACUCUCUAUGGUUGAAAAAUACAAAUAACUCUGUGGUUAAUUGCUCCAUUGUGACUGAUGCAGAUCCAGUAAAUAGUUACAUUCCCAUCCUGGUCGCUUUCCUUGUCUUCGCUGGGCUGGGAUUAUUGUCUGCUCUGGGAAGAGCAAUAUUAGCACUCGAUUUAGUAAGGGGUGUCCUCUUCAGAAUCACUGGCACCAUGGAGACAGAGAGGCUGAUCAACUCUGAGCUGGGCUCCCCUGGCAGGACUGUGAUGCCGGUGACAGACAAUAUACUUCCGCCCCCACCCAGUCCCAGCAAGAGGCUGCGAUCUCUAGACACAUUCAGAGGGAUCUCCUUAAUUAUUAUGGUGUUUGUGAACUAUGGAGGAGGACGAUAUUGGUUCUUCAGACAUGAAAGCUGGAACGGCCUCACUGUUGCAGAUCUGGUCUUUCCUUGGUUCGUUUUCAUAAUGGGAACAUCUAUCGCACUUUCAAUCAACUCCAUGCUGCGCUCAGGCUCAAGCCGCACUUCACUGCUGAAGAAAGUAGUGUGGAGGAGCCUGCAGCUUUUCCUCAUCGGCAUCCUCGUCAUCAAUCCCAACUACUGCCAGGGCUUUUUGUCAUGGGACAACCUGCGCAUCCCGGGUGUGCUGCAGCGCCUUGCCUGGUCGUACCUUGUUGUAGCCUGCCUGGAUCUGUUGGUGGCAAGGGGUCAUCUUGACAUCCUACCAACGGAUGCAUGGUGGUCCUCUUGCAUUGAUGUAUUGCUCUACUGGCCAGCCUGGAUCUUUGUGCUCCUCCUAGAAAUCCUUUGGCUCUGCCUAACUUUUCUACUUCCUGUACCAGGCUGCCCAACUGGUUAUCUUGGUCCAGGUGGGAUUGGGGACAUGGGCGCGUAUGCGAAUUGCACUGGCGGAGCAGCUGGUCUCGUCGACCGUUGGCUGCUUGGAGAAAACCACAUCUACCAGACGCCCUCAGCAAGGGUCCUUUAUGCCACCCACAUGCCGUUUGAUCCCGAGGGUGUUCUUGGCAGCAUCAACUCCAUCGUUAUGGCUUUUCUUGGGUUACAGGCAGGAAAGAUAAUCUUACACUACAGAGACCUUCAUUCAAGUAUUAUAUCAAGGUUCCUCAUUUGGGGUCUCAUUUUGGGUGUCAUAUCAGCUGUUCUCACAAAGUGUUCAGGAGACCAGGGAUUCAUUCCUGUCAAUAAAAACCUAUGGUCUCUGCCCUAUGUGACAACACUCGCCUGCUUUGCCUAUGUACUGCUUGUCCUGGUGUACUACACUAUAGAUGUGAAAAAGUGGUGGUCUGGUGCGCCAUUCUUUUACCCAGGCAUGAACUCCAUCCUUGUGUAUGUGGGCCAUGAGGUGUUUGAGGACUACUUCCCCUUCCGCUGGCGCAUGGUCAACACUCAGUCCCAUGCUGAGCACCUCACCCAGAACCUGGUGGCCGUUUCUUGUUGGGUCCUCAUCUCCUACGUGCUAUACAGGAAAAAGAUCUUCUGGAAAAUCUAAGAGGUGCCGUGACACUCAACCUUGCUGGAUCGAUCAUCUAAAAUGCUCGGAAAAUGGAAACUAUGGAACUUUUAACCACCUCUGGGCCAUAUUUCAAAAUCGAUGUGACUUAUGUUUUCAUGAUCUUGUAUCUUAAUGUUUUGCUAUUUUGCUCACAUCUGUUCUGUAAAAAGGACACCGAAUGACUUUUUGCAUAGCUUUCUAGCAGCUGACCUCUGCUAGCUAUCUUGUGACUCAGGAAGAACUGGGACCAAAAUAGAUUGAUAUAUUAGGAAUGUGAUGACGGUCGCAGUUCAUCUUUGUUUUCCUAAACACUAAAAGUACCUUUUUAAUUCCUCAAUUUGCACAGUUUGCAAGUAUGAAAGUAAUCUAAUGUAGCUGUCUAGCCUCUUUGUUGCCCACUUGGAUCUUGACAUCCUGCCAGUCGUCACCCAGCAGCAAACAUUCGGCCUCACUUUUGAUGGUUCUAUUUCAUGUGAAACGGAAAUUGUUUGACUGUAUAGUAAUGAAGCAACAGCUAUUACAGAUCUCUGCUAUGCAGUAAAUGCUACAUAUUGCCAAAUGUUGAAGACAGACGGGUAUUAAAGCUCACUAUUUGUUGUUUUACGGAAUGUUUUGAGUGUGUGUUUUGGCUCAUGUAUCCAAAAAUAGUAACCACAUAAUAAAUUUACUUUUGUACCGACUCACUUUCUCUGUUCGUUUGCCUUUUGAGUAUGCCCCCCACUUUUUUUAAUAUAUAGAUUUUUUUGGUUCUCUGAAAUUCAUCCACUUUAUUUUUUCCUUGACUGAUCUUUUGCUAGAUGCAUUUGCCAAUGUCUAUAGUUAAAAUGUAUUCAGUCACUUACUAAAUAUUGCCUGUUUGUUGUUGCUGUUGUUGGGUCAAUGAUACGAUUAAAAUUUCCUUUAGAAUUUCGAACUACAGAAUGUUGUUGACUUUCACUGUGGGUUUCACAGACAUUUGUGUGUUUACAAUGUACAUCUGAAGAUUUUGUGUAAUAAAGGGGGGGUCACAGAACCUGCA